CUUGCGGAGACAGAAUCAAAUUCGGAAUUUUCGUCAUUUCAUGCUCGUGGACUGAGCGAAAGCGAUGUCAAGGGUUUCAUCGAGAGUUUUAUCCUCGACCAGGCUCUACCAAAGCCACAGUGGCCUUAUGUGACUAUAGUUUGGCCUUCCUUUGUCACAAUUUCCGGUCCUACCAGCUCAGUGACUCGGUUCAAAAAUCAUUUGAAAGACGCGCACAAUGUGUCAUACCUUGACUCAUACUCAUUUGAGCCAUUUCAUGCACCUCACAUUCAUCAUUCAACGUGUGCGCAGAGAUUCCUUGAUUUAGAUCUUCUUUCACAUCGUGACGGCAUUCAACCCGCUCUCCGCUCGUCUGUCCUCUCUGUACGAGAUGGGCGUCCAUAUCACGCCGACUCCUUGAAGGACUUCUAUAUCCUGAUCAUUACAGAUCUACUUUACUCCCGUCAGAAUCUAUACUCAGCGUUCGAACACCAGAAGCGCAUGAUUUUGUCAGAGACUGAAAGCUGUGGAACUCUCGUGUUCGGCCCCAUUGAUCUCCACGAUCCUCUUCGUGUCGAGCUUGGGCGCUGUCUACCUCUGAAACCGACGGACUUUGCCGAUUGGAGACAGCAAAUAUCGGCUUCAUUUCAGUCCCAUGGCAGGAAGAGAAGCGAUAAUAUUGCUAUUGUUGGAAUGUCAGGCAGAUUUCCAGGUGCACAGAACAUGAAAGAGUUCUGGAAAGUUCUCUAUGAGGGACUGGACAUGCAUCGCGAGGUUCCUUCGGAUAGAUUCGAUGCACAGUCUCACUGUGAUGUAUCCGGAAAAGGGAGAAACAAGAGUCACACCCCCUUUGGCUGCUUCAUUGACAAUGCUGGUCUUUUUGACUCACGGUUUUUCAACAUGUCCCCGCGAGAGGCUACACAGACCGAUCCCAUGCAGCGUCUUGCACUUACCACAGCAUACGAAGCUCUCGAGAUGGCCGGCUAUGUGCCUAAUCGUACACCUUCAACUCAAUUAGAUCGGAUUGGGACCUUUUAUGGACAGACGAGCGACGACUGGCGCGAGACCAAUGCAGCGCAAGAUAUCGACACUUACUUCAUCACGGGUGGUGUCAGAGCAUUUGGCCCGGGCCGCAUCAAUUACCACUUCGGAUUCAGCGGUCCCAGCUUCAAUGUGGACACAGCAUGUUCGUCCAGCAUGGCUGCUAUCCAUGCAGCAUGCAAUGCACUCUGGCUACAAGACUGCGAUACCGCAAUUGCAGGUGGGCUUAACGUCAUGACAAAUCCCGACAUUUUCUCCGGUCUCAGCAAAGGCCAAUUCUUAUCGAAGACUGGAGCUUGCCAGACAUUCGACAACGAUGCAGACGGAUAUUGUCGAGGUGAUGCCGUUGCUACCCUUGUCUUGAAAAGGCUCCUCGAUGCAGAGGCCGAUCAUGAUAAUGUUUUGGGGGUCAUCCGAUCUGUAGCAACGAAUCAUUCAGCGGACGCCAUCUCCAUCACGCAUCCACACGCCGAAACUCAAGAAAUUCUUUAUCGAAGAGUCCUUGCCCAAGCCGGCAUCGACUCGGAAGACGUCUCUUACGUCGAAAUGCAUGGCACGGGUACACAGGCGGGAGAUAGCACAGAGAUGCGAUCCGUCACGAACGUCUUCGCACCCGCCACCUCAUCGAGGCCCAGCGACAAAAAGUUAUACGUCGGCUCAGUCAAAGCUAAUGUUGGACAUGGUGAAGGAUCGUCAGGUGUCACUGCGGUCGUUAAAACACUCUUAAUGAUGCGUCACAAUUUGAUACCACCGCACGUGGGGAUCAAAAAAGAGCUUAACAAGACAUUUCCCGAUCUUGCAGCGAGGAACGUGCACAUUGCUCGGCAGCCUGUCUCUUGGGAAAGCGAUACAUCAAAUAUUCGGAACGCCUUCGUCAACAAUUUCAGUGCUGCGGGUGGGAACACAGCUGUCCUCAUUACUGACAGCCAACCUCGACGCCUGGUGGGAUCUGACCCUCGAAAGACUCAUGUCAUUGCAGUUUCCGCUCGAGCUUUGUCUUCUCUCAAGUCGAAUUUGAACAACUUAUUGGAGUUCUUAACCAAAAAUCCUGAUGUAUCACUAGCGAGCUUGUCUUACACGACAACGGCUCGGAGAAUACAACAUAAUUACCGAUUCUCUGUGGCCGCAUCGGAUAUUACUACUGUCAAAAGUGUCCUUACGCGAACAGCACAAGCAGAUGUUUUGCCGGUAUCACAACUACCUAAGCUUAUCAUGACAUUCACUGGCCAAGGCUCGAUGUAUGCUGCAAUCGGGGCUGAUUUGUUCGCUACAUGUUCGAUCUACAGGGAGAGUUUGCUCGAGUACGACUCGAUUGCCGUUUCUUGUGGGUUCCCAAGUAUACGAGCUCUUGUCGAUGGAAGUGAAGACCGCCCCGUGGCAGAUCUUUCCCCCGUGCUACUACAAGUUGCACAGAUCUCUAUUCAAAUGGCAUUGACCCGCCUGUGGCAUUCUCUUGGGGUUGUCCCUGAUGUGGUUUUCGGUCACAGUCUCGGCGAGUAUGCGGCACUGUUUGCAUCAGGGAUCCUGUCAGCCGCUGACACUAUCUAUCUUGUCGGAUGUCGGGCUCAGCUUAUGGAGACACACUGUGCUGCGGGAACUCAUGCCAUGCUUGCUGUUCAAGGAGACUUUUCCUUACACCAGGACCUGAUCUCCGCCGCUCCCGUCCAAGUCGCUUGUAUCAACAGCAGCAAGGAGUAUGUUCUUAGUGGGCUAACUGCUGAUAUUGAUCGAAUCCAGUGCCAAUCUCAGGAACUGGGGCUAGGAACAACACGUCUGAGUGUACCCUACGCAUUCCACAGUUGUCAGGUUGACCCUAUAAUCGCCCCCUUUGCCCAAAUAUGCUCAUCAGUCACAUUCGGGAAGCCAAGGUGUGAAGUGGUCUCAUCUUUGCUCGGUCGCACUCUCGGCCAAUCUACCAUUGAUGCAGAUUAUUUGUGUCGGCAUGCUCGACAAACGGUCAAUUUUGAACAGGCAAUCUCCAUGGGCAUCUCAAAUAAAACGAUCGACGAGAAAUCGAUAUUCCUUGAAAUUGGUCCGCAUCCCGUUUGCAAUGCAUUCCUGAAGUCAAUUCUCGGACACUCGAUAACGACUUGUACUUCCCUCCAACGCAACCGUGCAUCAUGGGAUACUAUCGCCUCUACCGCGAGUGAACUAAGCAGCAAAGGGGCAAAUAUAGAUUGGAGCGAAUAUCAUCGCGAAUUCGAAAAUUCUCUUGAGCUACUUGAGCUCCCCUCUUACGGCUGGACGUUAUCCAAUUACUGGAUCGACUAUAAGCACAGCUGGUGUCUAACAAAGGGGGCGAACCCAGCAGCCAUAGAACAGGUCCAAACUUUAGAUUCCCUGUCGACUACUUCGGUUCAUCGCGUGCUGAAAGAGCAAUUUGACAGGCGUGGGAACUUCAUCAUUGCCGAAACGGAUCUAGCUCGUCCGGACAUACAAUCUGUCUUAUCUGGACAUUUGGUUAACGAUGUCGCGCUAUGUCCAUCCUCGCUCUACGGAGACAUCGGAAUCACCGUAGGAAGAUAUAUGUGGAGGAAGAUGUUUCCCGAAUUACAGGACGACCCAAUUCCAUGUACUAAUGUUCGCGACAUGACUAUUCCCAAGACACUCAUCGCCCGGGACGCCGCGCCGCUGGUCCUGAAAAUCGAUGCCAAGGCUUCCGAUUCAAAGCAAAGUAUCCGCUUUACCCUCAGUACACAGGAUGGCGAACACGCGCAUUUCAAUGUUGAGUUCGGCAAAGAUUCAGAGUGGGUGGAAGAAUGGAAACGAACAGGCUUCCUGGUCGAGUCUCGCAUUCAAUCGCUCCGCGAGCAAGUCAAUAGCGGCACCGUCCAUCUGCUGCGCCAGGAAGUAGCAUACAAACUUUUCUCGUCGUUCGUCAAUUAUGGUAAGACAUUCCGGGGUAUCAAGAAGGUAUAUCUAGACGCCAAGCACUGGGAAGCCACUGCGGACAUUGUUCUCGAGACGCCUGGUGUCGAUCACAGCUUUAAUGUCCCCCCUUAUUGGAUCGAUAGUAUCGGCCAUUUGUCAGGGUUCAUCAUGAACGUUCAUCUCGAUGACAGUGAGGCGAAGAAUGUGUUCGUCUCGCAUGGCUGGGAGUCCCUUCGGCUAGCGCGGACCCUCAUCCCUGGGAAAGUCUACCAAACCUACGUUCGAAUGAUAGAAAAAUCAGGUACAAACACGGUAUCCGGGGACGUGUAUUGCUUGGAGGAAUCAACUGUGAUCGCUCUUUUCGGGGGUGUCACUUUCAAGCGCAUUUCGCGGGCAAUCCUUGAUCAAGUCCUCCCACGACCUCGAUCGAUCGCAUCCCGACCCGUCAAUAACGUUGAGAAGCCGAUCAUCCAGUUAGAUAAAGGUAGCCCAAUUGGUGACGCUCCGCCUUUGGUACCCCAUGUUAAAGUGAAUGGGCCUUCUUUGCUGUCUCAGGUUCUCGAUAUUGUCUCAGAGGAAUGUGGUGUUGAACAAAAUGAACUGGCAGACGCGAUCAGUUUCGCAGAUUUUGGCGUCGACUCGUUGAUGCAGCUUGCCAUCAGCUCGCGAUUGAGAGAGGAGCUUAAUCUGGAGAUAUCAUCCUCACUUUUUAUCGACAAUCCGACCGUUGGGUCUCUGAAGGCAUUUAUCCAGACCCUCGACAACCGCGAAUUAUUCGAAGACACGACCGACUCGAUGUCCACAAUGGCGACAUCCCAGUAUAAUGACAAUCCCUCUCCUGUCUCAAUUGACACUGAUGAUACGACCCUCUUCACCAACUACCAUAGCAAUUGGAGAGGACAUUUCUCAGGGGUUGAAGUCGGACCAGCUCUAUCUGUUGUUGAAGAGCCCUCCGAUCCGGUCUCGCACUCUGUCUCGCUCCCCCUCAAUACAACGAGACAUGCGACAUCCUACCUGCUACAAGGGAAUCCAAGGACGGCUACUGUCAGGCUGUUUCUGUUCCCGGAUGGUGGUGGAUCUGCUACAUCUUACACUCACAUACCUGAUCUAUCAUCAGAUGUUGUCAUAUAUGGCCUCAACUCUCCUUUCAUGACAACACCGGAGGAAUAUACUUGUGGCGUGGUCGGCAUAGCUCAAUACUUCAUCCAGGAAAUCCGACGCCGCCAACCCCAGGGGCCUUACAACAUCGGACAUACUGACAGUUCGAUCAAGGGAUGGUCCGCAGGAGGCGUGAUAGCUUUUGAAGGCGCACAACAACUCAUCCGAUCAGGCGAGGUCGUCGAGCGUCUGAUCUUACUCGACGCGCCCUGCCCUCUGACAAUAGAGCCGCUCCCAAGCUCUCUCCAUCAGACUCCUCGGCGAUGGCGAUCCAAAAAAACUCCGCCAUGGCUUCUCCCGCAUUUCCAAGCUUCCAUCAAUGCAUUGUCGACUUACAGCGCGCGUGCUUUGAAUCCCGCCAAGGCCCCUUCUACUUUCCUCAUCUGGUGUGAGCAUGGCGUUUGCAAGGACCCGACCGAUCCUCGACCGGACCCUUAUCCCUACGGGCAUGCUCAGUUCCUCUUGGAAAAUAAAAAUGACCUUGGUCCCCAGCUAUGGGACGCCCUUCUUGGGUUGCAGAAUAUUGAGAUCUCUCAUAUUCCUGGUAACCACUUUACCAUGAUGAAAGCGCCU